GGGCGCACGAAGCUUCGCCGCAUCGGAAAAUUUCCCCUUUGGCUUUGGCAAAAAUUGAAAACCUUUUCGCGUCGUCUGGCUCGUCAUCAGCUUUUCGGAGAGCGUUUCCUUUUUUCGGUUUUUUGAGUGCUCUACAGUGUUAAAUUCCGGGUUAUUUUAUCGGCAUUUCGGUGUUUGUGCGUCGGGUAAUGCGAUCACGGUAAAAUCGGCGCCGGUGGAAUUCUACGAAACCGAAAAACGCUCUUGCAAAGUGGAAGUGACAGGCUGAUCUGGGCAGACAGUAUAAGAAGAAUAAAAAGUGUGUCCCGUUUUUCUCGGACCCCACAAAACACUUUGUCACCGAAAAUUAUUCACAUAACCGGAGUGUGGCGGGUUUGGCCGAUUCGUUGCCGGAACUUUCUUGGCCGUUUUUUCGAGUAGUUGUGGCAAGUCUAUCUAUCUAUAUGAGUGCAUCCGUCUGGCCAAUCUUCCGGACGUAUUUCAUCUUCCCCUGAAUCCUGCUGAAGGCGUUCCGGCAUGUCUGUGACAUCGCUGCUGUCCCGCAUCAAAGAGUUCGUGGUCGAAGGUCGAAAGCGAAAAAGCGAGGAACCGUCAGAAGCAUCAACAAUUACUUUUGCCAAAUAUCGUCGAAUCACGGACGAUUUCCCCAAAUUCAUCUCGACGCCGUUGAGUAAUGAUUUUCAUUCCAAGUCAGAACCGAUCUCGGACAGAUUGAGGAUCCCGGUUUACUCCAAGAAAAUCAUGUCGGAAGGAACGAAUAGCAAGCAGAGCGCCUAUUUCGGUGCCAUCGGCAAGACGCGGCUCGAGUUUGCCGAUAUUGAAUUCUCCGACGACGAGGACGAGAUUGACUGGAUCAAUCGGCAGCAUCAACAGCCCCAGCAGCAGCAGAACCACCAUCGGGGUCGGGUUAGCAAUGUCGGAGUUGGCGGUGGUGGGGUCACUGCCUCCCUUCGACACCCGCCACCGUUGACGAAAAUCAAGCCUUCCCUUGCGCCGGUUCCCUCGCUAUUUCCCAUCCGGACGAAGCUAACCAAUGGCACUGCUGAUGGGUACAACAGUCGUCCAUCGUCGGAUACGUUCAAGAAACCGUUCGUAUUCAAAUCUCAACCAGCGACACAACAGCCAGCGCCACCGCCGCCGUCACAAACCAAACGCAACUCCAUCAUUGCCCAGAGCUACAACAUGACGGAGGUGAAUAAGUACCGAGCCCUGCUGAAGCGACUGCUGCCGAAUCUCUACUCGCCGGAGGAACCGCAAUCGGCCAGCGCUUCGCGAAAGAACUCCCUACUGCUGUCGACGGACGAUAUCAACCUGUCGUCGUCGACGGCCAUCAAUCACAGCCACGGGGAAGGCGGCCACUCCACGAAGGUGGCCGGUCCAUCGACCAGCAGCGCGGCGAUACGCUCGAUUCCGGUGAUUGACCUGUCGCUGGAGGAGAGCGACUCCGAGGGACGGAAGAAGCGCACAAGCUUGUUCACCACCGUCGACUUGACGCAGUACAGUUUGACCGCCGAGGACGAAGCUGAAACAGCUCAAGUGGUAGAUCCGGUCAAUACCCUACAAGAGAAGCUCCAAACUAACAGCAAGUUCCGUGAGGACAUCCUGGACACAGUGCAGCGCAAGUAUGGCAGCACUUCCAAUCAACGAAAGGAGCUCAUCGCACAGGAGCGGGAAAACUUGAAGGAGCUUAAGAAGAGCACCCACGAGUAUGAGGUACCGUUCGAGCGGAAGCUGGGCGAUUUCAUGCUCAAGUUUGACACCAUCGUCCUGGACGAGGAAGAAUCGGAAGAGGAGGAAGAGGCCUAUCCGGAGCUGACCGACGAGCACCAGGGUGUGAUCAAGCGGGCCCUCUACGGCGGGUCGCGUUCGGAGGUCAUCAUCAACAAGUUCAACAUCAGCAUUACUCGCAACGAUCUGGCCACGCUGAUCGGAGACAACUGGCUGAACGACGAGGUCAUCAACUUCUACAUGAACCUGCUGAUGGAGCGUAGCGAGCAGCGCGCCGACGACGGUCUUCCCCGGGUGUACGCCAUGAAUACGUUCUUCAUCCCGAAGUUGCUCUCGUCGGGCCAUGCCGGCCUGAAACGGUGGACGCGCAAGGUGGACAUCUUCACGUACGACAUCAUCCCGGUGCCGGUUCACGUCGGUCGAGUGCACUGGUGCAUGGCCAUAAUCGAUCUGCGGAAUCAAUCGAUUCGGUACUACGACUCGAUGGGCACGCCCAACAAUGCGGUCCUCAACGCACUGGAGCAGUACCUCCGGGAUGAAUCGCUGGACAAGCGGAAACAACCCUUCGACACGAGCGCCUUCGUGAAGGAGAAUAUGCGCGAAUGUCCCCGGCAGAUGAAUGGCAGCGACUGUGGCGUGUUUAGCUGCAUGUUUGCCGAGCACGAGGCCCGGAAUCGGGACAUUGGCUUUACUCAGGCGCAUAUGCCCUACUUCCGCCAGAAGAUGGUUUUCGAAAUUUCACAGGGCCGAUUAAUUACCUAAAGUGGAAAGCAAGAGAGAGGGAGUAUGAUGUGUGUGCUUUUGGGAGUGCAAGACUUCUCUGAUUUGUUUGUAGAAUAUUGCAAAACAAAGAAUUAUUGCUGGUAAUGAAUCAAAUUGAGAAAGUGUAGCUCGUAAGACUUAAUUUAUAAUUUAGAUUCCAAAAGGAAGGACAUAAAAUCAGUUUUGUUUUAGAAAAACAUUUACAAAAUAUUCUUUGAAAAAAAGGUAAAACGGAUCCUCGUUUGUGUCGCAGCACUUCUCAUCACGUUUCCUAUGGAAGAUGAUGUGUCUUUGUGAAACAAUUUUGAAAUAAUCGAUAGAAAUUGUGAUUUUUUGGUCCGACACAUGAAUUACAUUCUAGGGGGUCCCGAGCAGAGCAGAGAUAACAACCAAUCGUGUGUGUAUGAGUUGGGAAUUAGAAGCGACAGAUGAACAUCAAGUGCUAGCUAGCCUAUUUCGAAACGGAAAAGAACGAAAGAGCGCGAAAGUGUAGCGUGACGAAAUACAUGUAUAUUUGAAAGGUAAUUUCAACAAAUUUAAA